AUGAGCCCUGAGAUCCCCGACUCCCAAGACUUGGCCAACAGGCUGACUGAAGCCAAAGUCUGGAGUCAAUUCUAUCAGAAUUAUAAUCCAGACUACAAAGUCUCUGACAAGACCUUUGGUGACCCUUCCAACCGUAAGAUCAGGGUCAUCAACAUAGGCGCUGGUCUUUUCGGCAUCAAUCUUGCAUACUGGAUCUCCGUCAAGUGUCAGAACUUUGAGCUCACUACUUUCGAGAAGAGUAGUGAGCUCGGAGGUGUCUGGAACCAUAACAGAUAUCCAGGAGUUGCCUGCGACGUUCCAUCCCACGUGUAUCAGUACAGCUUUGCACCCAACCCGGAUUGGCCACGAUUCCUUAGCCCAGGUAAAGACAUUCAGAAAUACCUUCAGAAAUGCGCCACCACAUUUGAUCUCGACAAAUACAUCAAGUUUCAUACCAAGGUUCUGAAGGCUGAAUGGCAUGAAGAAGGAUUCUGGCGCGUAUUCGUGCGUGAGGAGCUUCCAAAUGGCGAGUCUCGGGAGUAUCAUCAAGACGCUGAGAUCUUGGUGAACAACUCUGGAAGCCAACACAACUACCAGUGGCCCAAUGUUGAGGGUCUCGAUAAGUUCAAGGGAACGUUGCUUCACACUGCUGCAUGGGACGAGCGCUUUGACGAAGAGGCGUGGAAGGGCAAGGAUGUUUGUGUAAUUGGCAGUGGUGCUUCGGCAGUACAGGUAGUGCCUCGGAUGCAGCCAAAGGUUUCCAAGAUGACUGUGUUCUCUCGCACUCCAAUCUGGUUUGCACCUGGACUCGCUGGCGAUGAAUUCAGCCCUGAAUAUUCACCAGAAGACCGAGAGGAAUUCAAGAAGGAUCCUUCCAAGCUUCAGGCCCAUGGCAAGAGCAUCGAGAGGCGUCUUAAUAAUCUCUUCCCCACCUUUUACAGCGGUACUGAUCACCAGAGAAACGCAAUCAAGUUCUUUUACGAUCAAAUGAAGAUCAAGAUCAAGGAUCCAAAGCUUCUCCAGGGUUUCACUCCCGAGUUUGUUCCCGGAUGUCGCCGUGUCACUCCAGGCGACCCUUUCAUCAAUGCGAUCCAAGAGCCAAACGUCGAGGUCGUCUUCAAAGGCGUGGCAAAACUUACAGAAGACGGUGUUGUAGAUACAGAUGGUAACGAACGAAAGUGUGACGCUGUAGUCUGUGCAACUGGCUUCAAUGUCAACCUCAUUCCGCGAUUUGAAGUCAUUGGUCCAAACGGCCUCUGUAUAUCUAAGGUUCUUGAACAAAGCCCGGACAGUUACAUGUCGGUUGCUUUGGCACAGUUCCCGAAUUACUUUCACGGCAGCACUGGUGCCUACUGGCCCUCUGCCAACGGAUCUCUCAUCGGACCAAUGGAUGCUGUUGCGAACUAUGUAGUCCAAGUCAUUCAGAAGCUGCAGAUGGAGCACAACAUUAUCAGCGUAGUUCCAAAGCAAGAAGCCAUGGACGAUUUCGUCGAGCAUGCUCAGACGUGGAUGAAGGGCUCAGCAUGGUCGUGGGACUGUCCGGCUUGGUACAAAGCACGGUCUGGACCAUUGAAAGGUCGGGUGAACGUCAUUUGGCCUGGAAUUACACUACAGUUUGUGAGAGCUUUGAGAAAGGUCCGCUGGGAGGACUAUGAUAUCAAGUACGCGGCUACCGGCAAGAAGGGCGCAAAUCGGUUUUUAUAUCUUGGCGAUGGCCUUGUUAAGGAGACAUUCGACCCGGAAAUGGAUGACUCGCCGCAUAUUAACCUCGGGGCCAUUGACCCUAGGUGGGCGAAGGCUGCUGGGUUGACGUUUGUUAAAGGUAUGCAGCUGUUGAAUAACUCUGAGGUUUGCAUCAAUGGUAGAGCUAUAGAUCAGUAG